AAUUAGUUCCACUUUCUUUCAGAAGUCUGGGGAUUUAUCCGAAGCCCCUCUCUGCUUGCAAUUUCGGAAGAUUUCUGAUUCUCUCUCUACCUCUCUGAACUUGCUCAUAGCUACAAAGCAAUGGUGCUUACAAAUUUCAAUGGGACAGGGGUUGGAUUUGGUUUCGGAAUUGGUUGCGGUUUCGGCGUCGGCUGGGGCUUCGGAGGCAUGCCUUUAAAUUUCUUGGGUCUUGGUGCAGGUGGAGGCUGUGGAGUUGGACUCGGCAUUGGAUGGGGAUUUGGGACAGCUUUUGGUAGUCAGUAUCGGUCAUCUAGGGUCACAUUUCAAGGAAUUGAUUUUAACAAUGAGGGUCAAACUGAUGGUAAGGAGUCCACCAAUUCAAUUCCACAAGUUGCUGAACACAAAUCCAAGGAGGAUUGCUGGUUCAUCAUCAAUGGCAGAGUAUUGGACGUGACGAAGUUUCUGGAAGAACACCCAGGAGGAGAGGAGGUUUUGAUCGAAUCAGCCGGAAAAGAUGCAACAAAGGACUUUGAGGAUAUAGGACACAGCAAGGCUGCUAAGAACUUGAUCCUCAAGUAUCAGGUAGGGUACCUCCAGGGCUACAACAUUCAAGAAGGCAAUGACUCCAAUGUUGAGAUUGCUUCUAACAAGGAAUCCAGGCCCAAAGAAAUGAAAGCUUUCGUGAUCAAGGACGAUCUGGUGCCCAAGUAUGCGGCUUUUCUCGAGUUCUUCGUGCCUCUGAUAGUUGCCGCUGGCUUCUUCAGUUACCGCUACCUCACCGGAGCAGCCCAGUUCAGCUCUUAAAAUGAUUUUGGAUUCUGGAAUGGCUAUCUCUGCUCUUAAAUUACUAUGAUGAUGUAGCUUGCAUGAUGACGUAGAAAACGUGAUUUUAAGAAGGAUCUAUGAUAAUGUAGUGAUUUGGUUUACUGAUAUGUUAAUAAGGCUUAUAAUUGCCAAUUUUAAGUAUAUAUAUAUAACCUAAAGCUUUCAUGUCC